GAAAGUACAAGGUCGGUGUUUCUAAUAAAGUGGAAGAUAACGUUCAGUGCAGAACGACCUGGGCGGGUUUUAAGCAGUGAAUGGGGUCCAAACGAUCUAUCUGGCAACCCUGUCUACCUGCCUGCAUUCCACACUGAGCAGCGCUGUCAGAAGCAAACGGGGAAAAUGGGUCCGAUGAAAAACAGAGUUUUUGUGGUUGGCGUGGGGAUGACAAAGUUUGAUAAACCUGGGGCAAGAGAUGGAGAUUAUCCAGAGAUGGCUAAGGAAGCAGGGGAGAAAGCCUUGGCGGAUGCUGGAAUUCCAUACUCUGCUAUAGAGCAAGCCUGCGUGGGCUACGUAUAUGGUGACUCCACUUGUGGUCAGAGGGCGAUUUACCACAGCCUGGGUCUGUCUGGCAUCCCCAUCAUCAACGUCAAUAACAACUGCUCCACUGGCUCCACGGCGCUCUACAUGGCCCGUCAGGUCAUCCAGGGAGGUUUAGCUGACUGUGUUCUUGCCUUGGGUUUUGAGAAGAUGGAGAGGGGCUCCUUGUCCGCUAAGUACAUGGACAGGACCAGCCCUAUGGACAAACACAUGGAAGUCAUGAUCAAUCGAUACGGAAUAGCAGCAGCUCCGGCGGCACCUCAGAUGUUUGGCAAUGCCGGCAGAGAACACAUGGAGAAGUAUGGCACCAAACCAGAACACUUUGCCAAAAUUGCCUGGAAGAACCACAAGCACUCCACCAACAACCCCUAUUCUCAGUUCCAGGAUGAGUACAGCCUGGACCAGGUGAUGAAGUCCCGCAAAGUCUUUGAGUACCUCACACUUUUACAGUGCUGUCCUACAUCUGACGGAGCUGGAGCAGCAGUGCUGGCCAGUGAAGCGUUUGUGAGGAGGCACCGGCUUCAGGGUAAAGCUGUGGAGAUCAUUGCUCAGGAGAUGACCACGGACCUCGCCAGCACCUUCGAGGAGAACAGCUGCAUCAAGAUGGUUGGCUACGACAUGACGCGCCUCGCAGCCAGGAAGUGUUUUGAAGCCGCAGGUCUGAAGCCCUCGGAUGUUGACGUUAUUGAGCUGCACGACUGCUUCUCCGCAAACGAGCUCAUCACCUACGAGGCCCUGGGCCUCUGCCCUGAGGGUAAAGCUGGAGAGCUGAUCGACAGAGGGGACAACACCUACGGGGGGAAGUGGGUGAUUAACCCCAGCGGAGGGCUCAUCUCGAAGGGACACCCUCUCGGAGCUACAGGUCUGGCCCAGUGUGCAGAGCUGUGCUGGCAGUUAAGAGGGGAGGCAGGUAAAAGGCAGGUCCCUGGGGCAAAGGUCGCCCUGCAGCACAAUAUUGGCCUCGGUGGAGCUGUGGUGGUCACACUUUACAGGAUGGGAUUCCCUCAAGAAGCAAGCUCACGGAUAGCUGCAGUGCCUACAGGUGCUGCGGCUGGCUUGGAGGGAUUUAAAGCUCACACAGUUUUUAAAGAAAUUGAGAAGAGGCUGAAGGAGGAGGGAGAGAGUUUUGUAAAGAAAAUUGGCGGCGUUUUCGCCUUUAAAGUGCUAAACGGGCCCGGCGGAAAAGAAGCGUUGUGGGUCGUGGAUGUGAAGAAUGGUAAAGGCUCGGUGGACAACGACUCAGGGAAAAAAGCCGACUGCACCAUUUCCAUGGCAGAUGCUGAUCUGUUUGAGUUGAUGACCGGGAAGCUGAAUCCACAGACUGCCUUCUUCCAAGGCAAGCUAAAGAUUACUGGGAAUAUGGGGAUGGCCAUGAAGCUGCAGAACCUACAGCUGACACCAGGGAAAGCCAAACUGUGAAGAUACAUGACGCUAUUUUGAGAUCCAGAGUGACCGCGUCCAUCCAAUUCAAGUCAAUGGUGAUCUCAUUUCCAAAACCAGAACAAUAAGAAAUAACUUUCCGGACUUAAUCGUCAAACCUUCUGAAUUCUUGAUGAAAUACGUACAUUUUCAAACAAUGGUAAAUGUUACACAAAGAUGGUAUUUUUAAUGGUGUGUGACAGAUGGUACAUGACAGCAUGUAAGACCUACCGGACCCAGAAACACGACUAAAGAACGCACAAAUCACAAAUAAGUAUUCCGGAGUUACGUUAAAAGCACAAAUGUUCUUCCUCAAAAUGGAUAUUCAGCAGAUUACUGCUGGAGUUGUAUAACACUGCUGUAUAAUGGCCACACUUUUUCAGGUUUAGACCCAUAUGGACUUCCAUUAUGCUGCAUAAUGUGCCUCUAACAGAGAGAAUAAUCAUUACUGUUAUCUCUGAAAUUCAUGACUUGCAGCCUUAAUGAACUAUGUAACCUAAUAGUCCUCUAAUGUGAAACUAUACGUCUGAAAUAACCACAUUCUGAGGUGUUGGAAUGAGCUGUUAAAGAAGUUGAAAUGACUGAUGAUCAGCUUAGUUUCUCAUGUAUGACUACAUCCGUUAGCAAAAUGUCUAACAUGCUAGCUUGAAUAUGGAUUCUGUGUAGAUGUUGGAUAUACAUCACUGUGCAAAAGUCAGAGACCACCUUUUUUAUUUUUCGUUCAUUUCCAGUCAAAACUGUCAUUAAACCCAAGUUAUCCAUUUCUCAGUUUCA